CGCCGUGACGUCACGGGCGGCCGCCGGUGGCCCGGGCGGGUGCGGCGCGGUGGGAUGGACGGGCCGGGGGAGCUUCGCCGGGGCCGCAGGGCGCCCGAGUGGCCCGGCACUGGAUGCCGGGGACUAGCUGCCGAAUAGAGCGACGCUCAGAUGUGAAAGCCGGGCACAGCUACCCUGCGAGCAGUGCGGUGAUGCUGCAGCAGCCUCCUGCUGCUUCGCUGAGGGACAGGGACUCCAUCAGUGGCUGGUAGAAAGCCCUACCCGAGGACUCCUGGAGGGCAGUGCGGGCAGGUGGACUCGGAUGCCUGAGCAGUGAACGUCCCAGGCUGGGGAGGAGAGGCACCCAGCAGUAGGUGUGAGGUGAUCUAGCCCAGCUCCCGCAGUGGCCUGGCUCUCUGGUGUCUGAGGAUGAGUUUGACCCCCACCAGGCGAUGCCUCCUGGACCUGCCCUGGGAAGACAUCUUGCUUCCACAUGUUCUCUGUCAUCUGCCACUGCAGCAGCUCCUGAGCCUGCAGAGGGUCAGCAAGUCAUUCCAGUCUCUCAUCCAGCUGUACCUGGCCAACAUGCGCUGCUUUGACUCAAGCCAGAUCAGACCAGCCAUCCCUCAAGCUGCUUUUGUUAACCUGUUGAAGGACAACAAAGUACUGCAGCAGCUGGCACUCCAGGACUGCUCCAACUGGCUGACGGACUGCGAGCUGCUCCCAGUCAUCGAGCAGAACCACCACCUCCACCAGAUCCAGCUGAAGGGCUGUGUCCAGCUCAGCCGCCACGCGCUGGUGACCAUCUCGCUGAGCUGCCCCAACCUGCGCCAGCUGUCCCUGGCUCAGUGCGACUGGGUGGACAGCCUGGCCCUGCGCAGCCUGGCUGACCACUGCAAGGCCCUGGAGGCUGUGGACCUGACAGCCUGCCGCCAGCUGAAGGACGAGGCCAUCUGUUACCUGGUGCAGAAGUGCAGCAGGCUCAAGUCUCUGUCGCUGGCUGUCAAUGCCAAUGUGGGCGACGUGGCAGUCGAGGAGACUGCCAAGUGCUGCCCCGAGCUGGAGCACUUGGACCUCACAGGGUGUCUGCGAGUCAAGAAUAACUCCAUCAGAGUCCUGGCUGAGUACUGUCCCAAGCUGCGCUCACUGAAGGUCAAGCAUUGCCACAACGUGGCUGAGUCCAGCUUGAGCGUCCUCCGAAGCCGUGGGGUGGUGCUGGAUGUGGAGCCCCCACUGCAGAGGGCUCUUGUUCUCCUGGAGGAUGCGGUUGGCUUCGCCCCUUUCAUCAACCUUCAGAUCUAGAACUGCUGCUGCUGGGGAGGGGGGGGACUGAUGCAACGCUGGGAACCCAGAAGGAUGCUGGAACUGGCUGCUGUGGAGACGUGCAGAGGGAGAGGUCGGUCCCAUUGGUGAGGCUGGCCUGAGUGGGGCUCACUCUUUCCUCUGGGGCUGUUUAGCAGCCACUGAGUGUUCAUGAAUAGGCUUCAUUGAUGCCUCUGGGGAAAGUAACUCCCUCUGCAGUGGCAUGGAGAGAGCGCGUGACUUGCAGGAACACCAUGGUGCUGAACAGGCCUUGGCCAGGCCAGCUAAUAGAUAGGAUUUACUAUU